AUUCUGGGCCUCUCCGCGGAACAGUGGACAAGCGAGAUCGGACCAGACAGAAGCGGCUCUAUAAAUUUCGGUGGCGAACCACUGUACAACAGAGUCAACAGACUGGUCUAGCCUCUCGGUUCGGGAGUGGGGGGUUCCAUGAUUGGAAGACCAGCCGGAUGCGAUGGGGCACAUACCUUGUUGGUGGUGACGUCGAUGCCUGGGUGGUCUAAGCCUCUGACUUCUUGACAUAUGAUCAGCUCUAGAGUUUCAGCUUCAACUUGCAUCUUCAAUUGUAGCUUCUACUUUAACCAAAUAGUAACCUUGCUUUUCAUUUUAUUUCAAUCAAACAAUACUUAUACACAGUUCGAACAAUGAGUGCCAUCGCUUCAUACACCUAUGGUAACUUUCUCUGGUUGAGCACGCAAGCUCUCCCUCUUAUUCUCUGGCCAUCGUUUGUUGGGUCUCUUCUUCGAGCUGACAAUGAGACAUCUACCACUUUGGAAAUGUACUUUGGCCGCUCUUUAGGACUCGCUCUGCUUGCGCUCGGCCUCACUGUGGUGGUUCUCUCAGGCGUUCUUCCUCUCGAUACUACUUCAAAAGAAGCCCCCGAAGGCGCGCCGUCUCCCUAUGCUUCCGCCGCGGUCCUCAUAUCCACCCUUCACCACGCUUCGAGCGCCUUUUACUGCUACGGUCGUUAUUCCUGGACUGGCGAAACGGGGUUUCUACUGGGCUGCGUAGGUAGUGCUGUCUUUGCGACCUUUGGAUUGUACUGUGUGAUGUUUGCUGGUGAUACAGCCAUGACGAGCCGGUACCACAAGUUUGACCAGAGCACGAGCGGGUUCCCUUUCAAGAACUCUCAAUCGUACCGGGCUAAGAAGAAGGCUCUGUGAGAACAUGCUAUGGGGGCGUAUAUGUGU